UCGAAACCCCACACCGACCCGAGACCUCGACGCUAGAAGCCGACCGAAACCCUAGAUCAGAUCAGAGCCGGAGCGGCGGCCAUGGCGAUCAUCUCCGAGGACAUCAUGCAGGAGGACGAGACCUCACCGCAGCAGCAACAGGUGGCGGCCGCCAAGAAGGAUACCAGCAGCACGGAGGUGGAGAAGAAGGAGGAGGAGAGCAAGGGGAGGCAGCCAAACUCCGGCAACGGCCUCGACCUGGACAACUACUCGUGGGCGCAGCAGCUGCCGGAGGUGAACCUCACCGUCCCCGUCCCCGAAGGGACCAAGGGCAGGUCCGUCGUCUGCGAGAUCAAGAAGGACCACCUCAAGGUCGGGCUCAAGGGCCAGCCUCCCAUCAUCGACGGCGAGCUCCACAAGCCCGUCAAGGUCGAGGACUGCUUCUGGAGCAUCGAGGACGGGAGUUCGCUGUCCAUACUGCUCACCAAGCGCAACCGGAGCGAGUGGUGGAAGUCCGUGAUCAAGGGCGAUCCCGAGAUCGACACCCAGCGCGCCGAGCCGGAGAGCAGCAAGCUCUCGGAUCUGGACCCCGAGACGAGGCAGACCGUGGAGAAGAUGAUGUUCGACCAGCGGCAGAAGCAGAUGGGCUUGCCAACCAGUGAGGAGAUGCAGAACCAGGACAUGCUCAAGAAACUCAAGUCCCAGUACCCCGACAUGGACUUCUCCGGGAUGAAGAUGCCUUCUUAGAUUGUCUGUUCGAGGAUCCAAGGCGAUGAAUUUAUAAGAUUUUAGAUGGAGAAAAUUGCUUUUACUACCUUAAUUAGUACUCGUACUUUGCUAUUUUCGGUGUCUUGUGGUUUAGUGUUUGUUUAUUUAUGUCUAUUAUUGUGACGGUCACAGUAUGCGCGAUGCUUCCGAAAUAUAAGUGAACAAUGUUUUUAA